CGUAAAAGGUCCUCAAUUAGGCUAUCCUCGUAGAGGAAGAGGAGUUUUAUUUACUCACGUUUUAUUACUGUCAAUUAGACAGUUGUAUUGUUUGUAUUUUAGAAAUUUGUAGAUAGAAUAACAAAAUUGUGAAUUUUUUUGCAUAACUUAAAAAGUGAUAAAAAGCAUUGUGAUCCGUUUAAACUGUUAGUCGUUUAGACAGAUAAGAUAAAUCUAUAACAAAUUAAAAUUAGAAAGCGUACAUAGAAAUAUUUUUUGAUUGUUCUCAUGCACAAUAAUUGUGAAGAUACGUCACAGUAUAUUAAUAGGAUUUCAUUCAGUGUUUAUUUGAUUAGUGUUGGAGUUUUUGCAAUGUAAGCGAAAAACUAUAACAAUUGUUUAUAUUUCGGUACACCGUACACCUGAGGUUGUUUUAGUUUUUUAUUUAGGUCAUUUAAUCAUUAGAAUACUUAAUGACACAACUGAAUAAAAAAUACAAUCAUGGAUAAUUCUGAUGAAGAAAGUGAAUUAGAUCCUAGGAUUCAAAUAGAACUAGAAAAACUCAACUCCACUACUGAUGAAAUCAAUAAAUUGGAAAUUGAAUAUGAUGAAGAAAAUAAGACUUUUCGCAUGCUUCUAAAUGAAUGCACACGGCGGCUCAAGUUACUAUCGAAAAAAUUAGGCAACUGUAUAGAAAAAUCUAGACCUUACUAUGAACUCUUAGAGGUUGCAAAAAAGGCUCAACAAGAAUGUCAAGAAGCAGCUCUGUUGUACAAGAAGGCACACGGAAUCCACGCGGCAGCUAAAGAAACUGUAGCUUUGGCAGAGCAGCAAUUUUUAACAAAUCAACACGAAUGGCAGUUCGACAAUGCUUGGCAGGAAAUGCUCAAUCAUGCUACUAUGAAGGUUAUGGAAGCGGAAACUAACAAAGCUGAAUGUGGUCGAGACCAUCAACGAAAAGCCAUAGCAUUCAAAGAAAUAGAAGAAAAAUUAAAAUCCCACGAAGACAAACUACACAAAUUCAUAUUAAAAGCUCGCCCCUACUUCGAUGAAAAGGCACUAUGUCAGGAUCAACUCAACCACCAAAAGCAUCGUAUAGGCGCGCUAAAACAAGAAAUCUUAAAUUCGAAACAAUUUUAUUCUCAAACACUGAAAAACUUAGAACAAAUAUCCAACGAAAUACAUAUGAAGAGGAAGGGAAAGAAACAAGAGUGCGAUAUCUUACGGGGACCUCGAGAGCCAGGUGUCGGAGCAGAACUGACUUCAAAUUUCGAAGAAAUACCGCUCACCAAACAGUACCAAUCACUGCCCGAUAUAACAACGGAACUAGACAAGUACGACACUUGUAGCGCCGUUCCCAGCUCUACCGUUAGUGAAAAGGAUGAAUGCGAAGGCCUAGAUAAUAUCGACGAUAUAGUUAACACAGUAGAUAAGCUACAUUUAGAUAGACCCGUCGAGGGUACGAGCGAAAAAGUAUUUGUGUCAGAAUUUCAUUUGGGGAAAUUGGGAAAUUAGUUAUUACGUGUUUAUUGAAGACUUGAAUCGAUUUGAAAAACCCUUAAUGGCUAAUUUAGUCAACAAAAGACAUUACCUAUAAAGUUAUUGAAAGCAUUUUUCUUGGUAUGAUAAAAUAUUUUUACUAAUUCAAAACAUUCGAAUUCUUUCAAAGAAACAUUCCAAAUUCUCUUUUAUUUCCGUGUGAAUAUAGUUUGCGAUAUAUAUGCUAUAGUACUUCGUAACUUUCAGUAAAAAAUAUUAAAAUAUACUAUGUCAAUGAGUUUAAAAUGGCUGCACAUAAUGGUGCACUUUUUAGAGUAAAACUGCAAGUACACUAAACAACAAAAUUAACGCACCACCUUAAAAAUGGAACAUUUUUGAUGUCUCGAAUUUCCUAAACCUGUUGUCCGAUUUGUGUGUUUUUUUUAGUAUGUUAUAGCUUUAUUCUUCAAGAAUAUCCAUGUAAUAAUAUUGUUGCUAAACAGGUAACUGUCAUUGUAUACCGGGUGUAACAAUGAUAGUGUGAUUUUUCCUCAAAGUUUGGAACACACUGUGGAAUAUUCUAGCCUAUAUAAAAUACUGAAAUUAAAGCUCAACUGUAGCCUUAGGCUUUCUUAAUAUUUUACUUUUUGAUUCAUUCGCUUAGGUUGGAUAAUAAAAAAGUUAGGUACUUUAACAACUAGCAACGUUCUUCAUCAAUACAGGGUGUUUCUAAAUAAGUGCGACAAACUUUAAGGGGUAAUUCUGCAGGAAAAAAUAAUGACGUUUGUUUUAUAAACAUAUGUCCGCAAAUACUUCGUUUCCGAGAUACGAGAUGUUGACUUUUUUCUUACAAUCUGAUGAUUUAUUUAUUGCUCUAGAACCGAUUGAGAUAUGCAAAUGAAAUUUAGUAGGUUUUAAGAAAUAGUUAUUGCGCAUUUUUUGACAUACAAUUAAGAAUUUUAUAUUUACCAUUGGCGUGCAUACGGGUCAUAUCACCCGCAUGCACGCCAAUGGUGAAAAUAAAUUUCUUAAUUGUAUGUCAAAAAAUGCGCAAUAACUACCUCUUAUAGCCUACUAAAUUUCAUUUGCAUAUCUCAAUGCAAAAAUUCAACAUCCCGUAUCUCGGAAACAAAGAAUUUGCGGACAUAAUAUGUUUAUAAAGCAAACGGUCAUUAUUUUUUCAUGCAAAAUUACCCCUUAAAGUUUGUCGCACUUUUUUAGAAACACCCUGUAUUGAUGAAAGUUGGCUAGUUGUUAAAGUACCUAACUUUUUUAUUAUCCAACAUAAGCGAAUGAAUCAAAAAGCAGUAUACAAUGACACUUACCUGUUUAGCAACAAUAUUACUACAUCGAUAUUCUUGAAGAACAAAGCUAUAACAUACUAAAAAAAUCGCUCAAAUCGGACAACAGGUUUAGGAAAUUCGAGAUAUCAAAAAUGUCCCAUUUUUAAGGUGGUGCGUUAAUUUUUCUGCUCAGUGUAGGUAAUGCUCCAAUCGAGCAAAUUAAAUCUUUCAAAUACUUGGGAAUGAUGGUGAAUGACCAAUGGGAUUCUCAACAAGAAAUAAAAUGCCAUACCUAACAAGCAAGACACGCUUUUAUUAAAUUUAAACUGCUACUUUGUAACCGCAAUAUUUCCUUCAUCCUCCGUUACAGAAUGGUUAAGUGCUAGGUAUGGUCCAUAUUGUUAUACGGCAUGGAGACAUGGACGUUGAAAAUAUUUUCCAGUAAAAAGUUGGAGGCCUUCGAAAUGUGGACCUUGCGAAAUAUAUUCCGCAUACCAUGGACAUAUAGGGUGAGAAACGAGGAAGUUUUAAGAACAGCAAAUACUAAGAGAGAAUUAAUCAACGUGCGAAAAAUUAAUACCUGGGCGAAGAUAAUCCUGAGAGGGGAAAAAUGCGCAAUCCCUCAGGACACGCGCCAACUCGUAACUUUUAAUGACAACCAUUUUCAGAUUAACAUGUACACCGGCCAAUUCGUAACUUUUCUACUACCUGAACCUGCCAACUCGAAACCGUCUACAGGUGAAUUCGAAACCAUGGAUUAAAUCUAAUACCUCAGGUAGUUAGGUUAAAACGUAUGAAACAAAUUUAAAGCCAACACGGGGCCUAUCGCAAAUGUAUCUAUCUAUCUAAUCAGCCCUAAACAUCCAUCCUUGGAUAUAGGCCUCCUCUUCCUUCUUCCAUGCCUCUCUAUCUUGGGCAAUUUGCAUCCAUUUUGACCCAGUGUGUUUCUUCAGGUCAUCUGACCAUCGCAUCUGUGGCCUUCCCCUUUUUCGUUUGUGGUUCCAUGGUCUCCAUUGUAUUAUCAUCUUAGUCCAUCUUUCAUCCUUCUGCCGUAGGGUGUGUCCGGCGAACUUCCAUUUAAGCUUUGCUACUUGGGUAGAGACUGUAGAUACGCAAAUGUAUAUCUUUCAUUAAUGUUUAUUGAUAAGCAAAGUCCCAAUUCUAUUUUACUUCAACUCAUUUUAAAGCUAUUUCAAUAAACUAAUCGGUUUUUUUCAGUUUUUUGGUAAAAUGUCGUAACUUAUAGACAAAAAUUCUUAAAAUCGGCUAUUUUCAUUUAAAUUGUCAAUAAAUAAAUAAAUUGAUAAAAAAUUGGUCAGAUUUACAUAUAUGUUGUUAUUCUAUCCAUAUAGAAAUUAAAACAAUUGUUACAUAAUGUAGUAGUUACACUGAGUGUCAUAAAAACCGUGUAUUGUUACUCAUUUCUUUAGGCUAUGUCACGUAAUAUCGAGAUUCGAGAGUUUUAUUUUUACAUAGGGUAUUAAUGUUUAACUAACUUAAUUUAUAGUUUUAUAAGCAACAAUUAAGUAUAGCAAGAUUUAUAAAACCAUGUUUAAAUUAUUUUACAUGCACUAUAAUGCGUUUAUCUUAAAUUUUGUUUUAAAUGCUUUUCUUCUGACUGGCAGACAGUAAAUAGCAAAAAUUAGCAUUUUUGACAUCAAAUUUUUGAUAACCAACAUAAGUGUUUGUUACUACUCAAAAUAUUAAAAAAAAACUUACCGUCGGUAUAACAAUGUUUUCCACUUUUUAGCACUUUCUUUAAGUGAAAUUUAAAAUUAUUUACCACCAAUAACUUAUACCCACGUUCACUCAUUACGAAAUCUGUUACAAGAAUUUCAGCCAUUUUCAGAAAAUUUAUUUGGAUUUUCUCUAGUAACUCUUCCAAAAGACAAUACAUAAAUGAUGAAUACCUUUUACACCACUUUAAAGAGGGUAAUUUAUACAGGUACAUACCUGGAAUAACGGUAUUAGAUUACCAACAUUACUUAAAAAAUGAAAGUUACAAAUUCACCGGUAGUUAGUGGGUUAUCGAAAAAUUACUGCGCGCCAGAGUUACCAGUUUGCCUGUUAUUAGGAUGGGGGAUUAAAAUAGUUACGAAUUCACAGGGACCCAUCCCUCAACUAAUCAUCCAAGGAAAGAUUGAGGGCAAGAGGGGAGUAGGUCGCAAACAAAUAUCGUGGCUACGGAGUAUAAAGAACUGGACAGGCAUAAAUAACACUGGCAUGCGCAUGUGGCAUGCCACAAAAGACAGACGUCUGACCUUAAGAUAAUUCGCCAACGCGCACUAUAAUACGAAGAAGCACCAAAAUGGUAGUGUAAUAACAUGUGAAUUAUGUAAGGAAGCUAGAAUUACGAAGCUCUAUCAAGCGCUAAAAAUAAACAUUCUUUUAAUUUGUAAAUAAAAGUCUCGAAAAAUGCUACCACAAAUCAAGCAGUUUCUGAUGAUGAAGUUUAUUAGACAAGAGAAACUUUUACCAGAAUGAGCGAGUUAAAUUCAUUCUACUGCUUAAUGCUGAUUGCAUAGCUAAGAAACCUUUCGCCGAGAGUCUCCUCUCCUAGAUAGCCUUAUCCUUAUGGUAACCUUGGUAAAUGGAGUGACUGCUAUAGUUGUUGAAAUACGGAAAAGGGCAACAACUUUUUUCACUUUUAUUUCUAUGUGUGUGUAUAGCUGUGUCUCGUCUCGUGGCAGUAAUGUUAAACACUAAGCUGUCUUGUAAAAUUCAAAAAGUGAAAUGUCAACUAAUCUGACUAAAUGAUUUAUUACCAACUAUUUCGUAAUUAGCCUUGGUUGUGGGAUAUUAUAACUUUGAACAUUUCAAAGGCGAUGUAGCAACGGUCAGAGUUGUCUUCUGGACGACAACUAAUAAUAAUUUCUGACCAUAGCCUAUAAGUUUGCAAGCCAAUGAAAAACUAAGCUACUUUUACCCGACCGCUUCUUUACGAUUAUGGUUGUCAUAAAUAACUGCCAUAAUUGGACGGGAUUCUGCAGAAAGGAACCAAACCACAAAUAUGUAUUUUUCCUAUUAACAGUCACAUAGGUUGUAAAAUACUCCGUAGAUAGAUACUUAUGCAGAAAAUAACCAAGUCACUUACGAUAUACAUCGUCCUCUAUGAGCGAAAGAACCAACCAACAUUAUCGUUGCAGCGUGACAGCGUACUGUAGAAAAGAUCCAUAUGUGGGUUGGUUCCUUUAUGCAAAUUCAUUUAAGUUAUUUUGCAGAAGGGAACCAAGCUACAAAAGUGGAUUUUUUUUAAAACAACUGUUUUCUUGAAUUCACGGGACUUCCAGAACAAAUUAUUAAAUGCCAGUAAUUUCAUAUUAAGAUUUUUUGUAGAUUAUACGCCUGAUUAUGUAACUCAAUAAUGGAAAAUAAAUGUUUGUUAACUUUGAAUUCACUUAAGUUGUUUUGCAGAAGGGAACCAAGCCACAAAAGUGGACUUUUUUUAAAACAACUGUUUUCUUGAAUUCAGGGACUUCCAGAUUUUGAAAUCGAACAAAUUAUUAAAUCCCAGUAAUUUCAUAUUAACAUUUUUUAUAUUAUACGCAUGAUUAUGUAUCUCAAUAAUGGAAAAUAAUUGCUUGUUCACUUUGAAUUCACUUAAGUUGUUUUGCAGAAGGGAACCAAGCCACAAAAGUGUAUUUUUUUUUGUAAACAACUGUUUUCUUGAAUCAAACAGUAUGUGUUAAAUCAAAUCUAUUGGCAUCUCGUCCUAAGCAAUACGCCCUCUGGAGGAUAUUGCAGUAACCGAGCUAAGGGGCCAUUGUUUAUUUUCUUUCACGUUGACGGUUGAAGGCAUGGCAUCCGGCAUAUUGUUUAGGUUGGGAGAAUUUGUUUGUUUAUGGUUUAAUCACGUUUAAUUGUUGCUGUAUAUUACUCGUUUGUUGUUAUUUAUUUUGUUUGUUGUUACGUUAUUUGUUGUUUCGCGUUAAAGGUUAAUUGUGUUUGUACAAAAUAUAAUUAAAUUUAAAAGAAAAACACAGAUAAACGAACAAAACUAAAAGACAAAACUAAACAUACAACCAAAUACAACAUACAAUAUGUAAACAAUGGAACGCGGCGUCGGUAGUUUCUCCACUGUCAUCAAUACGACUAACUUCACACUUCACAAUGGCCCCUUAGCUCGGUUCAAUUUGAUACCACAUUGGCGCUGCGAUCUUAAUCCGAAUCGCCAAUUGCAUAUAUUGACGAUUUUAAUGUUAAACCAUGAUUAUUUUUAAUAGAGAAUUUUAAAUGUUAUCGUAAAGUUUUUGGCUAAUAUCUCAGUUUUAACAAAGUGUGGUUUGGAUCCUUUCUGCAGAAUCCCGUCCAAUUUGGACUGGAGAAAAAAAUAUGCCAUAAUUUGCAUUGCAGUCAACAGUGUUGAUCUGUGUUGCAAUUUUUAAAAUCACAGUAUAGUUCACUAGAAUCAUAUAAAAUCACUGUAGGGAGAAUUUGUAUAAUGAAUAGACAAGGGAAGCUGAAAUGACGAGAUUGUCACUAAUUAGGUAUUUUCCUUUGUUUUCUGGUGUAGCACUAGUUCUAAUAAAGUGUAGAAGUGCUACACUAAGUCGUUCCUUUACAAGGUGUAGUGGUACACCAAUCUUUUCCAUUGAAAAGUGAAGCAAAAAACACAUGUGUAGAUAAAUCUACACCUGCUUGUGAAAGGGUGACUACCUGCAGUCGUCUUGCGCAGUAUCGUCCAACCAGUUUGACAACUGUUUAGCUGUUUGUAGUCUGACAACUGUGUUUGUUUACAAAAACAAUAUAUUUUUAGUUAAAUUUAAACUGAGAGACAAGCUUUUAGUAAUUUUAAAACCAAAGUACCUACAAAUUUUAAUCUAAUUAUACAAUUGUACUAAACUUACGUGCAUAGAAAUCGGCCCACUUAAAAAUUUGGUCAUUUUUGAUGUCUCAUAUUUCCUAAACCUGUUGGCCGAUUUAAGUGAUUUUUUGAACAUGUUAUAACGUGAUUCUUUAACAAUACCACUGUAAUAAUAUUGUUGCUAAACAGGUAAAUUUUUAUUGUACAUCGGGUGUACCAAUCAAACUGUGUUUUUUUCUGAAAGUUCGCAUCACCCUGUGGAAUAUUCUAGCAUUUAUAAAAUACUGAAAUUAAAACCCAACAUUGGCCUCAGGUUUUCUUAACAUUUUGUUUUUUGAUUCAUUCCUUUAUGUUGGAUAAUAAAAAAGUUAGGUACUUUAACAACUAGACAUGUUCUUCAUCAAUACACGGUGUUUCUAAAUAAGUGCGACAAACUUUAAGAGGUAAUUCUGCAUGAAAAAAUAAUGACAGUUGGCUUUAUUUACGUAUGUCCGCAAAUGUUUCGUUUCCGAGAUACGGGAUGUUGAAUUUAUUCUUACAAAAUGACGAUUUAUUGUAUUGCUUUAAAACUGGUUGAGAUAUGCCAAUGAAAUUUAGUGAGAUUUAAGGCGUAGUUAUUGCACAUUUUUUGACAUACAAUUAAGAAUUUAAUAUUCACGACUAGCGCGCGCAUACGUGUAAUAUGACCGAUCAUAUUACCCGUAUGCACGCUAGUGGUGAAUAUAAAAUUCUUAAUUUUAUGUCAAAAAAUUCGCCAUAACUGUCUCUUAAAACCUACCAAAUUUCAUUUGCAUAUCUAAACUGGUUUUAAAGCAAUAAAUGAAUCAUCAGUUUGUAAGAAAAAAUUCAACAUCCCGUACCUCGGGAACGAAACAUUUGCGGACAUACGUUUAUAAAGCCAACUGUCAUUAUUUUUUCAUGCAGAAUUACCCCUUGAAGUUUGUCGCACUUAUUUAAAAACACGGUGUACUGAUGAAGAACAUGUCUAGUAUUAUCCAACAUAAACGAAUGAAUCAAAAAACAAAAUGUUAAGAAAACCUGAGGCUAUAGUUGGGUUUUAAUUUCAGUAUUUUAUAAAUGCUAGAAUAUUCCACAGGGUGAUGCGAACUUUCAGAAGAAAACACAGUUUGAUUGGUACACCCACUAUACAAUGAAAAGUUACCUGUUUACCAACAAUAUUAUUACAGUGGUAUUGUUAAAGAAUCAGGCUAUAACAGGUUCAAAAAAUCACUUAAAUCAGCCAACAGGUUUAGGAAAUAUGAGACAUAAAAAAUGACCAAAUUUUUAAGUGGUCCGAUUUCUAUGCACGUAAAUUUAUUAUAAAAAUGUUUGAAAUCGAUACCUAUCCAAUUAUAAUAAAAAUGUAUUUAAAUUAAAGAAGGAAAAUAGAAAGUAUAAGUAAACAAAACACAAAAAGAAUCUAAAGAUAAACAAGUAAUAAAAUAACCUGACUUGUUAUAACUGCAACUCAAAGGUUAACUUCACGAGAACGCUCCUUUGCUUAGUGACAGCCAUGAUUUUCGUUUGACACUAGCCAGUGUAGCCUGCACUCAACUACACUCGAAAGUGUUACAAAAUGUUACAUUUAUACUCUUGUGUUCAAAAUUUUAAAUGAAACAAAAACCGAAUCGAUUGAAGUCUUCUUGAAUACGCAGGGAAUCGCAGAGGUUUCAAUAUUUGUACCUUAUUAUUUUAAGUAUAUUGAGUAUAACUCACCUGUUAAUAUUCAGAUGUUUUAACACUAAUACAUUUUAUUAAGAUAUUAAUUGCAUUUAAAAUGUAUAACACUAGAAACUUGCCAUUUUCAAGAAUUUCAUUGGAACGUUUAUAGAUAACUAAAAGAGGAUAUAUGCAUAUACAUUUUAAAGGAGAUGGUUUCAAAAUGAUAUUGUCAUUAUUUUUGAGUUGCGUUCCUGGGAGGACUUUAUUGGAAGAUAGUUAAUAUUUUGUAAAUUGAUAUCUGAGGACAGUAAUAAGUACAUUUUCUUUCCCAUUAGGAUCCAUCAGUUAUCGCUAUUUUAUAUUUGCCGAGACGGAAGAAAACUAUUGGAUCAAAAAUAUUUUUUUGUUUAUUUAUAAAAUUAAUCUUAUAAAAACUAUGGAAACUAGAGUAAUUUUGAUAGUGGAUUUAGCAUCUACGAAAAAAAUUCGUCUCUAAACGGUAUGUAAUAUUUUUCUUCAUAAAAUUUAAAUUUUUAAAACUCAAGUAGCUCUAUAUUUUACGAGUUACUUAUUCCGACUCAAAAACCUUUGUAAAAAUUAAUAUAUUAUUAAUUUAUUAUUUUUCCCUGUAUUAACAAGUAGUGAUGAAGAGGAACAAAUUAUUACUUAAAUUAAAUUAUAGCGUACAGUUCAAAAAACUUAUAAAAAUGAAUCUCACUGUAAUGAAACACUUAAAGUCUUGUAAAAGUCUUCUUUUAGUUUUCUAUAAAAAUAUUCUAUUUUGUUUGCAUAUAUUUGAGGUUGAAAGAAUUUAAAAGACAUUUUAUAUAUUUAUUAUUUUUAAGAAUAUUUUUUCGUUAAUAAAUAUGAAAAUACGAAACAUUACUUAAAUACUGCCGUAUAUGUCUCACUAAUCAUUGUAUUAAGUAAUUUUUCAAUUUUUUUACACUGUAACAGAGAGUUAAAAUGUAUUUACAUAAGAUUAUUGCAUUUUAGGUAUGUUUGACUUUUGCCUGUUAUUAUAAGAAUAGGCAUUCGAUAAUUUAUUUUUUAUAAUUUUUAGUAUCUUUUAAUAUAACAAUGUGAAACAAAUCCUAUUUCAAAUUGUGUAUCAAUUUUUCUAUUCGGUAUAUGAGAGCGGUCCUUUAAAUAAUUAGCCUUCAAGAAAAGCGUUUGACCCAGCGUUGCUUUUGACUUCUUUAACAUGUCAAAUAAAUACGUUAAUGUCCGACUGGUAUAUUAUUUGACAAAUAUUGACAUGAUUUCGAAGUCAGUUAAAUAUGAUAUAAUGCCGAUAGGGCUUUAUUUUGAAAAAUAACGCCCUUGGGCAGGCGCGGAUCUAGAAAUUCAUAAUGGUGGGGGCCAGACUUACCUCAAAUAUAUUAUAUUUUCCAGAUUUAGCCAUACGACUCACACUUACUCUAAGGAGAAAAUACACUAUAUAAUCCCAGAUACCUACGGUAUCAAAAAUAUUGAUACACAAUUCACGACUAUUAAUCUCACUUGUCGUUCUUUACCAUAAAUAUUAACCUUUCUACCAUCAAUGGGUAGGUACGCAUGGAUUAUCUAGUAAAAUACAAAUUUUUUUAUCUUUAUUGUAUCGCAAAUUUGAAACGUGACUUUUCAUGAGAUAAGGUUUAUACGCAGUGUAAUGUAUUUGCAUUUUAAAAUAUCAUUUUUGUUAUUCUUUGAAUUGAGAAAAAUAUUUCCGUUGUUUAUGGUUCCACCGGUAUCCAAACAAAUGCGCCUGCAGAUUAUUUUCCAGAUAAGGGUGUUUUAUUAGAUUUUAUGGCUUGUUUUAUUUCUUUGGAAGCGGUUGUCGUGUAAUUUAGUACUGAUGGCUUAAAGUUUAGAGUUAACAGAAAAAAAAAUAAAUAAUAAAAAAUACUUAUAGACUAAAUACAAUAGGGGGUCCAUGGACCCGUUGACCCCCCCUGUAUCCGCGCCUGCCCUUGGGCGUUAUAUUUAAAUAACUAGUUAAAUGCUGUCAAGUUGACAAAUAAAAACCUAAGUAAAACUAUGGUUACCGCAAUUACGUUACGACUAUUGCUGCUAAAUGUACUUAUUUGAAAACUAAUUCAUUCAAAUUUUUUGCAUAUAAAGAAGAAUUUAGUCGGACAUUAAACGUUGAAGGCACCACGGGUAUUAUAGAUAAUAACGCUUUCGAUCAACGUAUAUACCGGUCAACGGUAUAUACACCGUUGACCUCAAGCGUUAUUAUCCUUAUAAUACCCUUGGUACUUUAAUAACUAUUUGUCGAGGUCUGUAAAGCAGGUCUCCGUGGUGGUGAUAGCCUCCUCAUUCGACUCAAAUUUCUGCCCGGUGAGUGACUUUUUCAAGUUUGAAAACAAAAUGAAGUCGCAUGGGGUCAAAUCUGGAGAAUACGGUGCAUGGGGCAGCAUUUCGUGGCUCAAUUUGGCCAUGGAGGCGGCGUAGGUUUGAACAGGCGUGUAUACCUCACAUAUUUCAAUGGUAAAUUAAUACAUAAAACACAUGCGUACCUACGAAUUCUGCUUCAAAAAUAUCCGGCCUUCAUUCUACCUUCGCAAUAUUAUUCUUUAUGAUACAGCUCAUGGUACCUUUCGAAGUAAUCUCCAUUCGACAUGUUGAUGCUUGAACGUUGCCUUUUAAGUGGCAUUUUCAGUUUUGAAAACACGAAAAAGUCACAUGAUGCUAUGUUGGAUUGCAUGGAAACUGUCGGAAUUAUGUAACUUUAUAUUUUCGAAAAACGUUUACACAAGUUUCAUGACUAUGCUUGCUUACUAUCAGGAUGACGAGUCAACACUCGACCAACAAUGGGGCCGAUUUCUUCUCACUGUGCCACGUAAUAUUUUUAUAACUUAGGGGAGAGUCGGCUAUUGGUGCGCACCUAAGGCUAAUUCAGGAUAUUUCACAAACUUGAAACAUUUCAGUUUCCAAAUUUCUUUAAGAUAUACUUCAAAGGCUUAGGUAUAUUGGUAGUGACCUCACUUAAUGAAUGGUUGAACAGUAGAAGAGUGAGAGGCGAAAUUUCCAAUUAGUGUAAUGCGCACAAUUACCCAACCUAUUCGGCUAAUGGUGCGCAUAUGUCGGAUAACUGUGCGCAAUAAUUGAACUUAAAAAUUACCUUCGAAUACAGUUGAGUCCGCGAGUCUUUACCCGUGCGUCAUUAAUACCUGGCGAGAUAAAACACAUACUUUUUAUCUAGCAUCAUUCUCUUCCACGCAUGAAACUCAUGACAAACCAGCUGCCGUUUGUUAUUAAGUUAAAACACAUGUUAUUUUUGUGAACCAUCUAGACUCAGUGCAUUGAAAAGAGAUAGGUACAAAAAAAGACGAUUCGGUAUGUUUUCAUAUUUUAAGCACAAUUUGUUUGACGUUUCUGCUUUGUUUACUUUUUGGGGCUGUCAGUCAGUUGAAUUUUUUGCAGUUUUUGUUGAAUUUUUGCGUUUUGAAGUUUCUUUAUACACAAACAGUUGUUUUCACAACUAAUUUUAUAUUGGACAUUCAAAUUUUAAGGUAGGUAAUUAUAUUUUGGCAAUUAAUAUUUAAAACAUACAAAGCUAACGUCAUUCACACAGUAAAGAAGUGAUUGUGUUUAGGUUUCCGUCAAAGUAAAUAAAAUGACAAUUAAUUAGUUAGUAGUUAUAAAAUAUAAUAUUAUUUCCUAUAAAACUCUUUUAAAAAUUGUACUUUGAUUUUACCAGUGGCUAAAAUCCUUCUUGUCCUUAAUCAAUGGCAUUACUUUUGUUUAUCGUUGACACUCAACAUAUUGCAAAAUACUUUCAAAUAAAUAAUAAAAAAAAAGAUUGUUGUAUAUUUAAUUUUAUUUUUUAUAAAUUGUUUAUUUAUUAAUCACUAAUGAUAUUAAAAGAAUUUAUUAAUGUACUUCAAAUGUAGCUGCAAUUUUGCCCAAAAUUUUGAAGCAAAACUUACAUUUGAUAUUCUGUUUAUUUGAUAACGUUAAAUUUUAUAGUAAAACCCGCAAUCGGAACAGUAGCCACUUUCUGUCACUUGUUGUUGCGUGAAAUAGAUUUUCGACUUAUUUCGUAUGCUUUAAAUGAUGACGCACGGGUAAAGACUCGCGGACUCAACUGUAUGUAUCUUAUUGAAUAUAAACAUUAAAGGGACAAACAAAUAUACGGAAAACGAUAAGAAACCAAGUUACAGAUAUUUAAAAAAUAUAUAAGUACAGUAGAACGUCAAUAAUCCGGAUUAAUUGGGACCGGACCCCAUCCGGAUUAUCAAAUUAUCCGGAAUAUCGAAAUUACCUAAAAAAAAGCCAGUAUACACAUUAAAGUACAACAAACGUUUUAAAAUUGUAUGUUUUCUCUUGUACAGUAAAGUGUCUAAAAAUAGAAGUGAAAUUAAUCAAAACACUUUUUUUAUGUUUAAACACUGUAUUGUAAUUAAUUUAUAAUAGCAGCAUGUGUACAGUAAAAAACAUCAGACAUUAUUUAGGCUUUUAAAAAAUGUGUAAAAUAUUUUUGAACUGCGGUAGAGGUUCGUUUUUCGCACCUAAGUUCUUAAUUUAUUUUAAAGGAAUCAGAUAUUUUUGCUAGAUACAAAUCCGGAUUAUUGACGGUCCGGAUUUUUGACGUCCGGAUUAUCGACGUUCUACUGUAUUGCAGAAGUCACAAAUAUAUCCUUCUGAACUAUCCUGUCGUAUACACAUGGCAUGAGACCAUUGACAAUAUAUCGAACACUUCACCAUACUUCGUCUUUUUUGCUACCAUCACCGCAAUACACAGAAGUCAUUUUGAUCUUACACGAGAUCGUCCAACUCAUCAUCAUGGCACAGUUCACUUUCUGAAAUAAUUUUGGAGCUGUUGUGUUCAAAAAUUUUCCUUUUUGUACUUUUUUUCAAUUUCGUGAUUUUCUCUUUGCCCCUUUCUCUACUUUGACGGUUGUUUACGCUUGUUUACGUUUUAUGGCGCAGUCACAAAACGUAAAAAAUGCCUAUAUACCUUGCCGGCUAAUGGUGCGCAAUGCGCAAUAUCAUACUAAUAUGAUAUCAUACUAAGCGAAAACAUGUAAACCAUAACUGCCAACCGGUAAAGUAUCUCCCGACGUUCGUUUGUGUCGGAUAGAUACGGCAGUUGCUACUAGAUGACCCGACAAUAUAGUUUUUACAAUUUUAUAAAUAGGAGAUUAGAAACAUUGAUGCGCACAAUUACCCGAUGCGCACAAUUAGCCGACUCUCCCCUACUUUUACUUUUGGAAUCGAUAUUUUUCGGUGUUUUCCUGAUAUGUUGACGAGAACGCUUGUCACUGUCAACAGACGUGGGACCAUUUUUAAACUGAUUGAAUAAUUCUUUUAUGUAUAUUUUGCUCAUACAAUCAUAUUCAAAUAACUUUUGCAUUUUUAAGUUCAAAUCAAAACUUAAUGAAAAUUCGUUGAUCUCCGUCAUUUUUUGACACCAUCAAAAUAUGACGAACUCAAAAUAGGAAAUGUAAACAACACUUUCUUUAGAAUGUGGAAAGUUCGUGAAGAGUUUGGUAUUGAUUAUGAUGAUUAUUGAUUAUGGAUGAAUUAAGGUAUUAAUUACCUUGGUACCUUACAGAUGGCGCUGUUAUGUUUUGGCGGGAAGUUAUGAACGGAGGUUUGGAGUUAUGUCUUCUUCCUCUUUAUAAGCAAUUCUGCUUGUUCAUUGGCGGAUUGAUACCUCUGUGGAAGGUUGUCACUCCAUCUAUUGCGCAGUCGGUCGAUACUUCUACCGAUUGGUGAUUUAUCUCUUGCUAUUUUGACCACACGUGUCUCCCCCAUUCUUCUUAUGUGGUUAUUCCAUUCUUUUUUUUUUUCUUAUUCAGUGUCCAUUUGUUUAUACACCGUAGGUUACAUUUUCUUCUGUCUUCACUCCUCUCUCGGUGUAUUUCCUUUAAUUCUUCUUAUAACUCUCAUCUCUGCCGUUUCCGAUAGUCUUUGUAUUGUGGCUGAAUCUCUUGUUUCUGAUGCAUAUUGAUAUUAUUGGUCUUACACUGGCUUUAUAAAUUCUUGACUUCAUCUGUCGGUUUCGCCUUAUAGUGUUAUUAAGGCAUCCUGUCAGUGUAUUUACUUUUUGUACUUGAUUUCUCACUUCUUUGUCCAGGUCUCCGUAGCUGCACAAUGUAAUUCCAAGGUAUUUUAUUGCCAUUACUUGUUGAGUACUCAUGCCAUCAAUUUGUAUUUUACAUCUUAUUAGUUCUGUACUGAUUACUAUUGUUUUAAUUUUCUUAGGAGUUAUGUGAUUAAUAUAAUUUUAACUCUCUAUGUCGGUGUCCAUAUAGUUUAACAUACAUAUACAGUCGAACUCGCAUAUUGGAUUAGCCUUCGUGCCAAGCAAAAGUAUUCCUGUAAGCGGGAUAUUCUAAUAACCGAUCAUCGGUGGCUAGUAGAAACGUUUUGGGACCUCAAAUUUCUAAUCUUUAAGCGGGGAUAUUUCUAUAACUGCUAUUCUGAAAGCGGGUUCGACUGUAUACAAUACGACGCUCAGGUAGGUUUAGAUGUAAAAACGUUUUAACGUAUUUGCGUCUUUUUCGUAGUAUAAUUUUAUUUAACACUGCAUUUAGUAGUACAAAAGCCUUUGUUAAUACAAAAAUGUCACAUUUGCUUAUUGUUUGUUUUUAGAUUAUAGCUACAGUCAUGUAAAAAAAUAUAACAACACUGUCUUGAUUUUCUACAGAUUAUAGCUAACUUGGGAAAAUUAAUUAGUCAGUCAGACAGCCGUUAAUUUUCACUUGACUUAUGUUUGACAACAAAUGUUGAUUUCUUUUGUUAGGUAUAUCACAAUUUGAACUUUGUAAAUCUGGUCAACUGUGCACUUAUUGAGCUAAUUAACAUAAUAUAAUUUUUUUGAAGCUGGUGUGAUAUUUUUGUCUUAAUAAAUUAUAUAUGAACUGUAAAUCUGGUGGUUUUAUGUGGAAAAGCAUCUGUGCUUACUAUUGCAAUAUGUAAAAUUUCACUGUGGUACGUACUAUCUAUAUAAUGUUAGAAACGUUUGUUAAUCUACUGUCAAAUGUAUUAUUUUUAAUUUUCUGUUAGUACAAAUAUUGUAGAUUGUUAAGGAGGAGCACAGCAAAAUCUAUUAAAUGAACGUAAUAAAUUAUCA